ACCCACUCUAGCUUCAGUCUUCUCAUUUGUAACCUUCCUGAGCUUCAGCUUGCAGGUUCAGCAGUUCACUCUGUAACCAUGGCCAAGGACAUUACUCUGUUUUGGGUCUCCGGCUCUCCCCCCUGCUGGAGGGUGAUGAUCGCUUUGGAGGAGAAGAACCUGCAGGGCUACAACCAAAAACUGCUCUCCUUUGAGAAAGGAGAGCACAAGUCGAAGGAAGUCAUGGACAUUAACCCCAGGGGUCAGGUUCCUACCUUCAAAUAUGGGGAUAAAAUCAUCAAUGAGUCCUAUGGGGCAUGCUUCUUCCUGGAGUGUGAGGGCAGGACCCAGGGAACCAAGCUGAUCCCUGAGAACUCCAAUGAGAAGGCACAAGUGCUCCAGCGUGCAUUUGAGGGCAACACACUUCACCAAAAAAUGAUUGAUGUUAUCACCUACAACUGGAGGGUCCCGGAAAAUGAGAGACACGACUCUGCCUUUAAGAGACACAAGGAGGCGCUGACUGCCGAGCUGAAGCUGUGGGAGGGAUACUUGCAGAAGCAGAAGGGAUCAAGCAGUUUCCUGGCAGGAAAGAACUUCUCGAUGGCUGAUGUGAUUGUUUUUCCAAGCGUUGCGUUUCUCUUCCGCAUGGGGCUGUGUGAGGAGAGUUACCCAAACCUGGCAGAAUACUAUAAAGGUCUGAAGGACAGACCCAGCAUCAAAGCCACCUGGCCUCCUACUUGGAAGGAGACACCUGGACAGCAACUUUUCAAAGACAUCUGAAAUUCAGAAACUAAACAACUGACAAGCUAACCUUCCCUGAUGUGUUCUUGAUAUGUUACAAGUCCUUGCACUGCUUCAUAGUGAAUGUUUAACAUUUGUGACCAAACAUCUCUUCUUAUUUUUACUGUGCUGUUAAUAAAAACAAUAAAAAAAACAA